AUCUACUUCAGUACAAUGUCGGUAUUCGACAAUCCCGACCAACUGCGUAAGCUGCAAAACCUUCUAAAUCCCAGGCAGACGCGUCCCGGUAUCGACAACAGCAGCAGCGAGGAUGAGGAUGAGUCCGUGGUGAGGCACACGCUAACACCCGGCAGCAUUGGUCCUCAGACAGACGCGGCAUCAGCAUCGUCUGCUAAUGCCAAGACCAAGAAAAAGAAAAAGCCCAAUCCCUUGGCCACUCCCUUGGUGGAGGAGCAAAAGAAGCAGCCUGAUACCCUUGAGGAGUGGCAAGAGCAGCAGGAACGAGAGGACACUGAUAUUCUGGAGACCAGAAAGUGCCCAGAAUAUACUAUGACCUACAGCCAGGCCGUGGGUACUGAAGAUGUCUUCCUGCAGAUGGGAAACCGCACGGGCUCAUCAGCCAGCUGCGAAAAUCUUAUUCUCGAUAUUCAUCUUCCAGAUGAGGAGACGACAGCAGACAAGAUGAAAUUGACUCUGCAGGAAAGGGAUUUGGAUCUGGCCACCGUUCUCUAUCGCCUUCGAAUGCCUCUGCCCCAUCCCGUAGAGGUGGAUCGCUGCCAAGCCAAAUACAGCACGGAACUCAGGAUGUUACGCCUAACGCUCCGAUUACGUCGGGAGCUAGAUUAUGUCAACUUUUGAAUAGAGAAGCAACUGGCGCUC